UUUUUUUUUUCUCUGAUGGCUUUCUCUUGCCUUAACCAUAGACUUUUGAUGCAGGGAAAGAAAAGAACAUUGGGAGAGAACAUUACUUUGUCUGCAUCUGAAAAAACUGGUCAAUGCAAUUAUGCUUUGAAUACUGAGGAUUCACACUCAGAACCAAGUUCCAGCUGCCUGCAAGAUGAAGAAAUGGAUGUUCCAGAAGUUGUAGAGGAGAUUAUUGAGAUGUUACUCACUGGGUUGAGAGAUACGGACACAGUUGUGCGUUGGUCUGCUGCAAAAGGUAUUGGCCGCAUUACUUCAUGUCUUACAUCUGCUCUUUCAGAGGAGGUCCUGUCAUCUGCCUUGGAGCUAUUUUCACCAGGCGAGGGUGAUGGGUCAUGGCAUGGUGGUUGCUUAGCAUUGGCCGAAUUGGCACGGAGAGGGUUGCUUUUACCUAUCAGCCUUCCUAAAGUAGUACCUGUUGUCGUGAAGGCACUACACUAUGAUAUUCGAAGAGGUCCGCAUAGUGUUGGAUCUCAUGUACGGGAUGCUGCAGCUUAUGUUUGUUGGGCUUUUGGUCGUGCAUAUUAUCACAAGGAUAUGAGAAAUAUAUUGGACCAGCUUGCAGCACACCUUCUAACAGUGGCCUGCUACGAUCGUGAGGUGAACUGUAGAAGAGCAGCUGCAGCCGCUUUUCAGGAGAAUGUUGGAAGACAGGGUAGUUACCCACAUGGAAUUGACAUAGUGAAUACUGCUGACUAUUUUUCACUUUCUUCACGAGUAAACUCUUACGUUCAUGUUGCUGUCUCUAUUGCACAAUAUGAGGGUUAUCUUUAUCCAUUCGUGGAUGAGCUGCUGUAUAGCAAAAUUUGUCAUUGGGAUAAAGGCUUGAGAGAACUUGCUGCUGAGGCCCUUUCUGCACUUGUUAAAUACGAUCCUGACUAUUUUUCAAACUAUGCUUUGGAGAAAAUAAUUCCUUGUACUCUCUCAUCUGAUUUGUGCAUGCGCCAUGGAGCGACACUAGCAGCUGGGGAACUAGUUUUGGCACUACAUCGAUGUGAUUAUGCUCUUUCCGCUGAUAAGCAAAAGCGUGUUGCUGGUGUUGUACUUGCUAUUGAGAAAGCACGCCUUUAUCGUGGAAAAGGUGGAGAAAUUAUGCGUUCAGCUGUUUCCCGGUUCAUCGAAUGUGUAUCGAUAUCUUCUGUGUCACUGCCAGAAAAGAUAAAGCGCAGUUUGCUUGAUACACUUAAUGAGAAUUUGAGGCAUCCUAAUUCUCAGAUUCAGGAUGCUGCUGUUAAUGCUCUGAAGCACUUCGUCCAAGCAUAUCUGGUUGCUGCAUCUGUUGGUAGAACUGGUGAUAUAACAUCAAAGUACCUAGAACUCUUGACUGACCCAAAUGUGGCUGUAAGAAGAGGAUCAGCAUUAGCGAUAGGUGUUUUGCCACGUGAACUUUUUGCCCACAGGUGGAAGGAUGUGCUCCUGAAGCUUUGUACCUGUUGUGCAAUUGAGGAUAACCCUGAUGAUAGAGAUGCCGAAGCACGAGUCAAUGCUGUCAAAGGACUUGUGUCAGUGUGUGAAGCAUUAGCUCAGGAAAAAGAACAUUCUGGUAUUGAUACUGUGGAGGAUGACAUGUCUUUGUUCCUUCUCAUCAAGGACGAAAUAAUGAUGACUUUAUUGAAAGCUCUUGAUGACUAUUCCGUUGAUAACAGAGGUGAUGUGGGUUCUUGGGUGCGUGAGGCUGCUAUGGAUGGCCUUGAGAGAUGUACAUAUAUACUAUGCAAGAGAGAUUCUGUUGGUCUCACUGGAAGAUCAGGUCAAAUCGAUUCUGUUCUGGAGUUGCAGAACAGUGAUGACAGUAACCAGUUGUAUUCAUUGUUUGAUGCAAAUCUUGCUACCAGUAUAGUUGGAGGAAUAUGUAAGCAAGCGGUAGAGAAGAUGGAUAAACUGAGAGAAGCAGCUGCAAAGGUGCUACAGAGGAUUUUGUACAACAAGAUAGCCUAUGUCCCACAUAUACCACACAGGAAAAAGUUGGAAGAAAUUGUUCCUAAUAAAGCUGAUUUAAAGUGGGGGGUACCAGCUUUUUCAUAUCCUCGUUUUGUACAAUUGCUUCAAUUUGGCUGUUUUAGCAGAUCAGUGCUAUCUGGGUUGGUUAUCUCUAUUGGUGGGUUGCAAGAUUAUUUAAGGAAGGCAUCACUCACAGCAUUGUUAGAGUAUCUUCAAGUGGUAGAAAGUGAAGACCAGAAGGAGAGGUCCAGAGAGUAUAUGCUAUCUACUGACAUGCUUUGGGUUCUCCAGCGGUACGGGAGAUGCGACAGAGUCAUUGUGCCUGCAUUGAAGACCAUUGAGAUUCUAUUCAGCAAACAGAUAUUGUUGAGUAUGGAGGCUCAUACACUCGUUUUCUGUACCGGUGUUUUGGAUUCUCUGGAAGUUGAAUUAAAAGGGUCAAGGGAUUUCUCCAAACUAUAUGCAGGCAUUGCAAUACUUGGAUAUAUUGCUUCAGUUUCGGAAUCAAUAAACACUCGGGCCUUCUCUCAUCUUCUCAGUUUUCUAGGCCAUCGCUACCCUAAGAUACGGAAAGCUUCUGCUGAACAAGUUUACCUUGUCCUCUUGCAAAAUGGGGGUCUUGUGGCCGAGGACAAGAUAGAGAAAGCACUUGAAAUUAUUUCAGAAACCUGUUGGGAAGGUGACCUGGAAGCAGCGAAGAUCCGUAGGCUAGAGUUGUACGAUAUGGCUGGACUCGACACAGAUAUACUUCGGAAGGCUAGUAGCAGAGUCUCAAAUAAGGAUGAUAGCAGAAAGCCAACAGCAGAUGAAAAUGCAUCAUAUUCCUCGUUAGUUGAGUCAUCUGGAUUCUAAAUGUCUAAAAAACUAAUGCUCGGAUUUCUGCUAGUACCGUCCUUCCCUGUAGUUUGCUUUAGUUCUAUCUGUGUGCUUCAAGAUACUUGCUGAAAUUUUGUUCGGGAAUCUCCAAAGAUCUAAAUACGUAUCAAGAAUGAAUAUAUGAGAGCUUGUUUGUGUAAUUUGAUCUGCUUGUUUAUCAUGUUCAUGAUAAGUGUUUGGUAAGCAGUGCUUUGUAAAUAGAUGCACUGAGAUGAAUUAACUGAGCACAAUUUUGAGAUUUUGUCAGAAG